UUACUACUGAUGAGAAAAGGUAUUUAGCAGUUUAUCUUUACUAAAAUAAUUGCAUUUCCAUGUUCUGUGUACUGUGGGAGACCAGAUAUAGUGAAUGCAAGGUCCAGGGGAGACCAGAUAUAGUGAAUGCAAGGUCCAGGGAGACCAGAUAUAUAGUGAAUGCAGGGUCGGGGAGACCAGAUAUAGUGAAUGCAGGGUCCAGGGGGAGACCAGAUAUAGUGAAUGCAGGGUCCGGGGAGACCAGAUAUAGUGAAUGCAAGGUCCAGGGAGACCAGAUAUAGUGAAUGCAGGGUCCUGGGAGACCAGAUAUAGUGAAUGCAAGGUCCAGGGAGACCAGAUAUAGUGAAUGCAGGGUCCAGGGAGACCAGAUAUAGUGAAUGCAAGGUCCAGGGAGACCAGAUAUAGUGAAUGCAGGGUCCGGGGAGACCAGAUAUAGUGAAUGCAGGAUCUGAAUGCAGCUGUAUACUAGCCACUGGGGUGGAUUUACUAACGGGAAAUAGACUGAUAUAGUGAAUGCAGGGUCCUGGGUU